CCGCCCCGCCCCGCCUUCCCUCCUCGACCCGACCUGACCCGCAACCCUAGGAGCCAGAGGGACCUGCCUGCUGGAUGCUUCCCGGGAGCCACUCCAGGUUGUUUUCCGGUGUAACACAAAUUUACAGUAGGAAUAUGUAGUUUACAGUUCUGAACCACAGUGCAUACCGUAGGACAAACUACAGUGAGCACGUAAUUACACGUAAGAAGCACAGAGACUGCUCAGUUCUUUUCAGUGGCUAGCUAUCUAGCUAACGGGCUUCAGCUGAAAACCCCACCUGAAAUGGCAACGGCAAGGGAGGAGCGAACUACCAAAAAACAAAAAAGACAGUGCAGAUACAGGACAGAAUGGGAAGCCACUUACACCUGGAUUCGGAAAUCCUAUGAGUGUGAUACAAAAGCCUUUUGUAAAGCAUGCAGGAAGGAAUUUAGCAUUUGCCAUGGUGGUGAGUCUGAUGUUAAGCAUCAUGCUGAAUCAAAAAAUCAUGGACAAAACACCCAGACUCACAAGAGCAAUACCCUGGUCUCACAUUUUUUCAGCAAGCCAAAUGAAUCCUUCAAUAACAAGGUUAUCGCUACUGAGCUAACUCAAGUUUACCACACAGUAGUCCAUCAACACUCCUAUCGCUCAUGUGACUGUGAACUUAAACUGGCGCCUACCUUGUAUCCAGAUUCAACGAUUGCGAAGCACGUCAGCUGUGGCCGGACUAAAGCGGAGGCAUUGAUCAAAAAUGUGCUGUCACCGCUCUCAACAGAAUUUUUAAAAGACCUCAGCAAACCAGAUGGUCCCUAUUUCUUAGUUGCCACAGAUGCAUCUAACAAGGGCAAUGUGAAAACUUUCCCCUUAUCACUGAGAUACUGGACACCUGAACAUGGGGUCCAAGAUAAACUGUUAGACUUCUAUGAGCAAAGUGAAGAGACUGCAGAGGCAAUAAGCACCACAUUACUUGAAAAACUUGCGACACACAAACUAGACCUAAACAAGGUGUCUUCCUACUGUGCUGAUAAUGCAAACGUGAAUUAUGGAAAGCGACAAUCCGUGUACCAGAAUUUAAAAAAACAAAAUGAAAAUAUCUUGCCAGCAAACUGCCCUGCCCAUGUUGUGCACAACGCCGUGAAACAUGCUAGCAAUACCUUACAAGUUGACAUUGAGACUCUGGUGAUUAAGAUGUUCAAUCAUUUCAGCAGUUCCGCUAAGAGAGUAGCAGCAUUGAAGGAUAUGUUUGACUUUGUGGAUAUGGAGUAUGCCACUUUACUGCGCCAUGUUCCGACGCGCUGGUUGAGUCUUUUCCCAGCUGUAAACAGGCUUGUAAAUAUGUGGCAGGCUGUUAAGUGCUACUUUGUUUCUCUGGGCAGUGAGAAGUGCCCAAAAUUUCUAUGGAUGCUGUUCUCAGACAGGGAAAAUGGUGAACAAGGUGAGGGGCCUAGCAAAGUUGAGGUUCAUCUGUUUUUCCUCCAGAAUGUCCUGAAAAUCUUCAAUGAUACUGCGCUCUGUUUGGAAAAUGAGAGUAUGACAGCAUGUGAAGUGUAUGCCAUAAUGAAUACUCUGAGAAUUAAACUUCAGCAACGGAAAAAUGACAUAUUCUUUGGCUCCAAAGUUGAAAGUGCAUUAACUGAGAUGCUGCCUGUCACUGCUGCAUGUCUCCAGAAAGACUUCAUGAAAUUUUACGAUGUGUCGAUCCUAUAUUUGGAGAAAUGGUUUGAUUUUUCAACAACUGGCUACAUGUUCAAUACCCAGUGCUUGAACAUCAAAGUUAAUAGGGUAUUCGAAUACAAGGAUCUGUCUGCGGCCGUGACAGCUGUAAACCUUCAGAAAACAGUGGAUCUUGAUCAGCUCUAUGAUGAAUACUGUAUCAUCAAAGACAUCAACUCCAAGUUGGAGCCUGGAAACUAUUCAGUUGGGGAACUCUGGUCUCAAGUGCUGAGAAACAAGGACAGUAGCACUGAAUUCCUGAACAUGGCAAAGCUGGUGUCAUACGUGCUCAGUAUACCCGUAAGCAAUGCAUACUCAGAGCGUGUAUUUUCAAUCAUGAAAGGUGCAUGGACUGAUGUCCGGAAUCGAAGCAGCAUAGACUUGGUGCGGAGUGAAACCCUUGUCAAAAUGAAUUUCCGGAUGAGUUGCAAGGACUUCUACAGCUUUGUGAUUGCCCAGAAGCAAGUCAUGACUAUGGCAAAGUCAUCCAAGAAGUACUAGACUUCUGGCAUAUCUGAGAGGUCUGCAAAUUGGGAAGUUGAUUUAUUGACUGAAUAAAAAACCCGGCCCUUUACCCCUGUUGUUUGUUUAGUGUACAAAUAAAUCUGUAUGUUUAAAUAUGUAUUAUGA